AUGAACCUUGUCCUGGAUCUCCUCCUGCUUCUGUUCAUCGUCGUCUACUCCUACCUAGAGUCACUGGUGAAGUUUUUCCUUCCCCAAAAGAAAAAGUCUGUGGCAGGGGAGAUUGUUCUCAUUACGGGAGCUGGGCAUGGAAUAGGCAGGCUAACCACCUACGAGUUUGCAAAACGGAAAAGCAGACUGGUUCUGUGGGAUAUCAGUAAGCACAGCGUCGAGUGCAGGCAGCUCGGGGCCCGCGCGCACGCGUUCGCCGUGGACUGCGGGGACAGGGACGAGGUUUACAACUGCGUGGAGCAGGUAAAAAAAGAAGUGGGUGAUGUAACCAUCGUGGUGAAUAAUGCUGGAGCAGUAUAUCCAGCUGACCUCCUUAGUACCAAGGAUGAAGAGAUUACCAAAACGUUUGGAGUCAACAUCCUCACACAUUUUUGGAGCACAAAAGCACUUCUUCCAUCGAUGAUGAGGAGAAAUCAUGGCCACAUUGUCACAGUAGCUUCAGUGUGUGGCCACGGAGUGAUUCCAUAUCUCAUCCCAUACUGUUCCAGCAAAUUUGCUGCUGUUGGCUUCCACCGACGUCUGACGGCAGAAUUGGAAGCCUUGGGGAAAACUGGCAUCAAAACCUCAUGUCUCUGCCCAGUGUUUGUGAAUACUGGGUUCACCAAAAACCCAAGCACAAGAUUAUGGCCUGUUUUAGAGACAAAUGAAGUUGCAAGAAGUCUGAUAGAUGGAAUACUUGCCAACAAGAAAAUGAUUUUUGUUCCAUCAUAUAUCGGUUUUUCUCUGCUACUGGAGAAGUUUCUUCCUGAACGUGCCUUGGCUGCUAUAAGUCGUGUACAGAAUGUUCAAUUUGAAGCACUGGUUAGUCACAAAACCAAGAAGAAAUGA